AAAGGCACUCUGGUGCAGACCAAAGGGACCGCCGCGUUUGAAUCUUCCAAGCUGAACAAGAAGCAGAUCAAAGUUAGAAAGCCGCGACAAAGGCGGCCGCCAAAAAGAAGACGAAGAAGCCCGUCGCUGUCACCAAGAAAGCCAUCGAGGGCCAAAAAGCCGCCGAUCCCCAAGAAGGAGGGUGAGAGCGAGAUGCUCACAGAAUUCUCCAAGAGGAGAAGGAGAUGAUGAAGACUCUGGCACAUGAAGAGGAGUUACAACAUUUCUUCUCAAAAAUACAUGGCUACUUUUAUGAACUCUGUGUGUGUGUGUGUGUGUGUGUGUGUGUGUUCGUGUGUGUGCAGUUUGCAUGUUCUAACAGUACCUCAGAGUUUCCUCUGGGUUUCCUCUGGUUUCCUCCCCAGUCCAAAGACAUGUGUUAAAGGCUGAUAGGCAUCUUUUAAACUGUAUGUAAAUUGGUGUGUGUGUGUGUGUGUGUGUCUGACUGUGCUCUGCGAUAGACUGGUCUCCUGUUCAGCCCUGUGCCCCUCAAGGCCGCUGCUCUACUCUCCAGCUGAUGAUGUUUCCAGGCACGUCAUUUAGGGUAAAAAUAUACAGUAUAAACCAGAGGAAAAAUGAAACAGCUCUAUAAUUUAUAAAAGCAGCAAACUUACUCUACAGGGUCAAGAGAGAGCCUCGUUUCGCAGGACAGAUGACCGCUACGGCCGUUGCCAGUACACCUUCACCGUGGACAGCCCAGUGGAGCCCAGCUGUCCCAGUACCAUGGAGGCAGAAAACCUGAGCGCUCGUGUCAUGCUGCUGGAGGCAGUGGUGAGCCGUGUGCUAGGGGCCGAGGCAGCACCAGAGACGGCCAGGACACCGGCUGAGAUGGAGGAGAUCAGACAGCUUCUUCGGGACAAAGAUCAGCUGGACGGGCAGGUGAAGGAGCUCCAGAGACAAGUAGAGGAGCUCAUGAUAGAGACGGAGAAGCUCAGAGAGAAACCCUGUUCACUGCCUCCUGACACGGAGGACAGCUUGAGCACUAACAGAGGCAGUGGUCCUGCUUUGUCUGGAGAAUUCCAAGAGAUGAAGGCUGAGGUGUCUGAAGUUUCAGUUCCUCCUAAAGUCCAGGAGAACCUUAAGGACAAUGCAGGCUGUGGGGAACUUGUUUCUGUCAGUGAGCCUGAGACCCAUCAAAAGGCCAACAGCAUCACAGGAAAAUACGGGAUAUGGUUCCAGGACCCAGAGUCUCCAGGAGCUCCGUAUGGGCCAGACACGGUGUGGCGCAUCGACACUGUGGGCAGUGAAGUACGAGAACUGUACGCCUAUGAAAACCUGGAGCAGCUUGCCCGUGGCUACCCCACGAAGUUCCUGCUUUUACCGGAGUCGAUGGAGAGUACUGGGGCCACCGUGUACCAUGGAUCGCUUUACUACCAACGCAAACAGAGCCCCACGCUGCUGCGUUAUGACCUUGCUGCUGAGAACAUUGUGGCCCGGAGAGAGCUGCCACACCCAGGAUUCCAUGGCCAGUAUCCUUAUUCCUGGGGUGGCUACACCGACAUCGACCUGGCUGUGGACGAGAAGGGAUUGUGGGCCAUUUACAGCACAGAAAAGGCUCGUGGAGCCAUAAUUAUCUCACAGCUGGAUCCUGAAAACCUGAGAGUGAUCAGAAGCUGGGAGACCAACAUCCAGAAGAACAAAGUGGCAAACGCUUUCAUGGUGUGUGGAAGACUGUACACGGUGGCGAGUUACAGAGCUAACAACACCACUAUUAACUUAACUUUUGACACGGCUAGCGGGCAGAGCAAAGCGGUGGACGUGCCGUUCCGUAACCGUUACGGCUACAAUAGCAUGAUCGACUAUAAUGCUGCGAGAAGAAAGCUGUACUCCUGGGACAACUUCCACAUGGUCACCUAUGAUGUGAAACUGGCCAAAACCAGCAGCUCACACUAAUAGAGAUGUUUUUGGUUUUGUGUUUCAGCAUUGGGGAAAACAACCCAACUUUUAUAACAUUGUGUAACUUAGCGGCAUUUUCUGGCAAAUACAGUGCAUCUUUACGAAAGUGGUAUGUUCUCUAAAUGUGCUUAGAAAAAUCGGUGAAUAAAGACAGAGGUGUAUUUUGGAUAAAGGAAACCCACAGGGACUUCACAUGGAAGUGUAUUUUGUUGGAAUAUGUGAUGUUAACAAUCUGUAUAAGUUCGUUAAAUGCACCUCUGUAUCUAAAUAAAUA